GCAGUUCGCAAAACUUCUCCAGCAGAGAGCAAGCAGCCAAGGAGUUGUUCUUGGGAAGCCUUCCGAGCCUGCGAAGGCAGCGCCCGGUGACAGCUGAGGGCUUCGGCGGGCCGGAGACCCCUGGGAUCCUGUUGAGGACAUACAUGCCGAGCUCCGUGAGGAGGGGACACGCGUGCUGGCUGUGCCCGAGCCUCGGCACCUGUGAGAGCCCGUCCGAGCGCUCGCCCCGAGCCUUGUGCCUGCGGGAGGACCUCACCUCCGGGCUGCGGUGGUGGCGACCCCGUCUGUGAGGUAAAAUAUCAAGAGAACAUGGCUCACCUGGGUGAAUGUAAAUGGACUCAUGUGUUCCCUUUUCUGGUGGUUUCCUUGGUGUACUCUGCCAGCGCUGAAUACUCCAACUGCGGUGAGAACGAAUACUACAACCAAACCACUGGCAUGUGCCACGACUGCCCCAAAUGUGAGCCGGGUGAAGAGCCGUACAUGACAUGUGGGUAUGGCACCAAAGAUGAGGACUAUGGCUGCAUUCCCUGCCCAUCAGAGAAGUUUUCCAGAGGAGGUUACCAGAUAUGCAGGAGGCACAAGGACUGCGAGGGAUUCUUUCGAGCCACUGUCCUGACACCAGGCGAUCAAGAGAACGAUGCAGAGUGCGGGCCUUGUCUCCCAGGUUACUACAUGCUGGAAAACAGACCUCGAAACAUAUACGGAAUGGUUUGCUACUCAUGCUUGUUGGCACCUCCUAACACCAAAGAAUGUGCAGGGGCUACCUCUGGCAUUUCAGCCAUUUUCCCGAGCACGUCUGGCACAAGUACUUUCUCACCUUACCAGCAUGCUCACAAAGCAGACCUUUCAGGACAAGGACAUCUGGCUACAGCUCUGAUAAUUGCAAUGUCUACCAUAUUCAUAAUGGCUAUUGCCAUUGUCCUCAUCAUCAUGUUUUACAUUGUGAAAACCAAACCUUCUGCUCAAGCCUGUUGCAAGAGUCACUCAGUAAAAAAUGUCGAAGCUCAGGCUAAUACUCAAGAAGAGAAGAAAGAAGUACAAGAUAAUGUUGUGAUAUUCUCUGAGAAAGAAGAGUUUGAAAAACUUACAGCAACUCCAGCUAAGGCUGCUAAAAGUGAAAACGAUGCAUCUUCUGAGAAUGAACGACUUCUAAGUCGUAGCAUGGAUAGUGAUGAAGAAGCUGCAGUUGACAAGCAAGGGACACCAGAGAGAUGCUUGUUAUCAUUAGUGCAUUUGGCCAGAGAUAAAUCUUCCACAAGCAAUAAAUCAACUGGGAUUCAAAGUCGAAGAAAGAAGAUACUUGAUGUGUACGCUAACGUGUGCGACGUUGCAGAAGGCCUGAGCCCUACGGAGCUGCCUUUUGACUGUCUGGAGAAGACCAGCCGAAUGCUCAGUUCAACAUACAAUACUGAGAAGGCCAUAGUGAAAACGUGGCGUCACCUUGCUGAGAGCUUUGGGCUGAAGAGGGACGAAAUUGGUGGCAUGACAGAUGGCAUGCAGCUGUUUGAUCGCAUCAGCACAGCGGGCUACAGCAUCCCGGAACUGCUCACCAAACUGGUACAAAUCGAGCGGUUGGAUGCUGUCGAGUCUCUGUGUGCAGAUAUUCUGGAGUGGGCACAAGCAAUGCCUGCUCCUGAACCAGCAGUGACGUCCUGAUGGGCCUGGCUGGGGCCUGUGCUCCCACAACACCUGUGAGAACAACGAUCCCAGCCAGCAGCACGUCAGAGACUUUGGACAAGAGACCCUUGGCAUUUCUUCUACGUAAUCAAUCCUGGUAACCAACGGGAAGCUUUUCUCUUUUACUUCGAAGAAAAUGAAGUUGAACAUCUACCAAAACAAGAGCACAGUUCUCCCAAGAAGCUUGGUAUGAAACAGGUCGCGAAACAAAAUGAUUAUGUUAAACAGUCACUGACAGUAAGUGGACACAAAAACAGAAGUUCUGCAGCCUGUGUUUGAGUAUAUGUGCAGAUAUACCUGCUGCUGCCCUUCCUGCCUGGUUUGCAAGAAAGCUGUUGAGUUGCUCGCUGGAGAUGGCCCUGUCUCUUGGGGCUUUGGUCAACCAUUGAUCUAACAGUUACAGUCAACAAUGGCACCACAGCCACAGUAUCAACAAAUACACAUUAGGCACCUACAUUUCUAUCAGCUCUAACACAUCUAAUAUUUAACCAGUUUCGUUUUCUAUAUUCCCUAUGGAUUUAUUAAAUUUAGAAGUAUGUGCAUAGGUGUAUAUACACAGUCAUUAGAUCAACUAAUUACAGUAUAUGAAAAAAUGCUCCAAGAUAAUUUACAGAUGGAAGCGCUUCUAAACACUGUAUAUAAUGCAUGUAAAUGCACUCAUGGUCCGUACCUACAUUUCAGAAAUUGUAAAUUCAAACUGCAGACUCUGCAGACAAACUGGUUGAUGAGAGGGCAGUGUGAGUUGGCAGUGAUCCCUCACAAGUGCAGAGGAGAGCAACGAGUUUUUCUCUUCCUUAAUGCUACUAGAAAUGCAAACUGUGCACACAACUUUGACUUUCCAGUAGUGAUGUCUAUAUGUCAAAUAAUAUUUCAAGCAGAGGAAUAUUCAGACAACAGUGGGGCAUGUGUGACACUGAAAGCAAAAAGAGUAGAUUUCUUUAGAUAGUUGAAAAGUACAGGAACAAGUGGUUUUGAAAUGCUGUGCUCCAGUGCAUGUAAAACAUAGAAUCAUAGAAUAAUCAAGGUUGGAGAAGACUUCUAAGAUCAUCUAGUCCAACCAUCCACCUAUCAUCAAUACUUCCCCACUAAACCAUCUCUCUGGGCAGCAUGUUCCAGUGUCUCACCAUUCUUUCAGAGAAUAAGUCUUUCCUAAUAUCCAACCUGAAACAUGAGCACAGACCCCACAGAUGGAAAUUAGCUCUUCUGGAAGGUAAAGGAUCAAAAACACAACAAAAAUCACCUUAUGUGUUCCUGUUAGCUACUCUGAUUUUCUUUGUCAAAACAUCUGUAAAACUUGUUCAGACACCAAUCCAGAAGGUGUUACCAAAUCUUUGUGCUUAUUUUGUAGCUAAAAUGAGCGAUGACUGAUUUCAAUAAGUUUAACCACUAAAUGAAGAGAACCGUCACUUACCAACCUACACUUUUUCAAUUCCAAAUUGCUCGACAAAAAAAAUAUAUAUAUUAUGAGAAGAAUAUUAAUUGUAACCUUGAUGUUAGUAACCAGUAUUCCAUCACUUAAUAACCAGAUCUUAUCUAUGAGAGUAUCAUAAUUGUGCUGAACACUUAGUAUCACCCUUUAAUGUCUGCAUUUACUGAUGUUUUCAUCAUUUCAUCUGUAUUGCAGAGGAAGUACAUACUGCAACAUAAAACCACUCCUUGCUGUUCUUCCACCAUUUCUUCAGUACCCUAACUCACUCUUUAUUAAUUUGCAUGUGCUAAAUCUGAGGAGAAUUUUGACUUUUCUUAUAAAGGAAGAUGCAAACUGCAUUUAUUUGAAUGUUUAACUGGAUAACUGAUGUUUAAUUUAUGGAUGGGAUUCUUGCUAUCUUGAAAUCAAUGACAAAUUAGUACAGACUUCAACAGGCUUCAGUAAGAUUUCGAGGUUUGCUGACAGCUCUGCAUUCUUCAACAGAUUUCCAAGACCCUACAUUUGCAGAUUCAGUCUAUUGCUACUUAAGUAAAAAAGGAAAAAAAAAAAAAAAAAAUAGAAUGGGAAGAUUCCACUUCUCUUGUGCCAGUGUGUAACUACAGUGUUAUUCAGUGGACUGUCCCCUAUAUUUCAUGUUUCAUUUAAUAGUACACACCACUCAUUUGUUUAAAAGAAGCCAAAGGAAUCCUCUUUUUUACAUUUGUCGGGCCUUAAAAAGUGAGGGUCUUGAAAUCAAUGGUGCCAAUGUGAACACAGACUAUUUAACGUUAUUUUAUUUAGUAUACAGUAUUUUUAUUGUUACACAAAAGAUGUACAGGAACAAAAAAAAAAGUCCUGUAGAUCUUGCCAAAUCUUACUUUCUAAUAAUUUUGUUUAAUGCUGUACAUAUAACUUAUUAUAUUGUAAAAUAUGAACAUAAAAUAUGUUAAUAAAGAGAUGAAACACAGUA